GCUGCCGGCGGCCACAGGGUGGCUGGACCAGGAGGUGCGUGUCCGGCCCAGGAUGGGAGUCCCAGGCCAGGGAGGGGCAGAGACUGGGCCUGAGGCCUGGGCCGGCCACUGAGCUAGGACUUAGUUCCUGCCGGAAGGAUGAAGAAUUAUCUUUAAGGAUGACAACGUGCAGGAAAGGCCUGUCAACUCAUCUUACCCUGCCUCUGGGCCCACAACACCUCUCAAACCCACACCACCCUCCCUGCCCAGCCCAUGUCCCUAUCUCUUCUCUGACAUCUUUUCUGUUGCACUGUUCCCCAGGAUGGGGACUUAGCCAGAAACAGACUGUGUCCCCUUUCUGUCUGGUGACAGUGUUUCUCUUCCUCCUGUUACCUGUGCUCAAGCCCACCCAACCAUCACUGUCUCCAGCCUGACAUGCUCUCUCACUCUCUUUCAUCACCCAGGGGACCCUCUGGCUCUCCACCCCACCCACAACCUCUAUUGUCUUGGUUUUCUGAUCAUGACAGCCUCCCAGCCCCCUCCUACCCCCACACUCCCACCGCCCUCCCAACCAUCCCAGCACCCUCCUUCCUAAUCUUGGGAGGCAUCUCGUCUGGCUGAACUGGAGAAUUCCGGGAUCUAGGCCAUACUCCUUAGCAGACAGCCCCAUCCUUGGGAGGAGGAGCAGGAGACAGCCUAAGGAAGAACAGGGAGGGGGCAUGAGAACAAGGUCAGGCCAGGAGGCCCCCGAGGACAGACUAUGGGGAGAUUGGGACGGAGGGGAAAGCAAAGGAACUAGAGCCAGGGCCAAAGGAAGAGGGGGGCCAGUGGGAGGUAUUUGCGGGGGAGGCUCAGCAGCUGUCUUUCCUAAGACAGGGACACAUGGGCCUGGUUAUUCCUCUUGUCACAUGUGGAGUGGUAGGAGAUGGAAGAGGGAGAAAGGGCAGGCAAAGGAGGGCACCAGCACAGAGAUAAGCAGGCUUAGCCGUUGGAGCCACUGAGCUCCAGCAGAGGGGCACCUGAGCCCAGCUUAAUCCAGCCCACAGACCCCUCACCUUGACGUCCUCUCAGACCGCCCAAACUCCUCCUGAUAACACUGACCCCUGACAAGGUCUUCUCUAAUACAGGCAAUACCACAUUCCCACUUAUAAUGGAGGAAUAAGAUGUGCCCCCCCCCCCAGGAGAGUUAUCAGAGAGAAAAGCAGGAAUGCUAGAGCCCUACUAGAUUUUAACAGCAGGUGUGGUGUCCAGGGAAAAGAAAUUUGGACAGCAAGGAACUGAAAGACCCACCAGUCUAAAACCAGACCUCUGUGCCUCUUCCUCAGGGACAAAAAUGUCCUGCCAGAUUCCUCCUGGAAAAAAAACCUGUUUCCCUUCCAUCUCCUCCUCCAGCCAGGUCCCAGAUUUCCCAUCUCCUAGGAAAAGACAGACCCCCCUUUUCAAAUCCUCCAUGUGCUGUGCGUGGGUGGAGGAGCUGGGCUCUGCUGGUGGACCAUGGUCCAGGAGGGGGCUCCAAGUCCUGCGCUGGUGGGAGGAGAAGGCGUCACUUCCGGGGGCCAUCGCCAGUGUCUGGUGCUCCCUGCUCUGAUUGGGCAGAAGUGGCCUGGGCAAGCGUGUGACCCUACUGCCCUGGAGGGGCUGUGCCCCAACGCCACCUGUCUUCCUACCCAUCCGCUCCCGAGAGGGCUGCCCGCUCUGCACCUGAGUCCUGGAGCCCUUCUCCACCCGGAUAGAUUCUACACCCUCUUCCUCACCCCACUUGUGCCCCACCCACUCUGCCCAGAAGUACAAGAGCCCAAGCCGCCUCCAUGGCCCCAGGAAGGAUUCAGGGGAAAGGCCCCAUACAGGGAGCCAUUCCAACCAGACAGCCUGGCCAGAAUGGAGCUGACUGAAUUGCUCCUCGUGUUCAUGCUUCUCCUAACUCCAAGACUAACUCUGUCCAGCCCGGCUCCUCCUGCCUGUGACCCCCGGCUCCUAAAUAAACUGCUUCGUGAUUCCCAUGUCCUUCACGGCAGACUGAGCCAGUGCCCAGACAUUAACCCUUUGUCCACACCUGUCCUGCUGCCUGCUGUGGACUUCACCUUGGGAGAAUGGAAAACCCAGACGGAGCAGACCAAGGCACAGGACGUCCUGGGAGCCACAACCCUUCUGCUGGAGGCAGUGAUGACAGCACGGGGACAAGUGGGACCCCCUUGCCUCUCAUCCCUGCUGGUGCAGCUUUCUGGACAGGUUCGCCUCCUCCUCGGGGCCCUGCAGGACCUCCUUGGAACGCAGCUUCCUCCACAGGGAAGGACCACAGCUCACAAGGAUCCCAGUGCCAUCUUCCUGAACUUCCAACAACUGCUCCGAGGAAAGGUGCGUUUCCUGCUCCUUGUAGUGGGACCCUCCCUCUGUGCCAAGCGGGCCCCACCCGCCAUAGCUGUCCCGAGCAGCACCUCUCCAUUCCGCACACUGAACAAGCUCCCAAACAGGACCUCUGGAUUGUUGGAGACAAACUCCAGUAUCUCAGCCAGAACUACUGGCUCUGGAUUUCUCAAGAGGCUGCAGGCAUUCAGAGCCAAGAUUCCUGGUCUGCUGAACCAAACCUCCAGGUCCCUAGACCAAAUCCCUGGACACCAGAAUGGGACACACGGACCCUUGAGUGGAAUUCAUGGACUCUUUCCUGGACCCCUACCCGGGGCCCUCGGAGCUCCGGACAUUCCUCCAGGAACUUCAGGCAUGGGCUCCCGGCCAACCUACCUCCAGCCUGGAGAGUCUCCUUCCCCAGCUCACCCUUCUCCUGGACGAUACACUCUCUUCUCUCCUUCACCCAUCUCGCCCUCCCCCACAGUCCAGCUCCAGCCUCUGCUUCCUGACCCCUCUGCGAUCACACCCACCUCUACCAGUCCUCUUCCAUUUGCAGCUCACCCUCAUUUCCAGAACCUGUCUCAGGAAGAGUAAGGUGCUCAGGCCCUGCCAACUUCAGCAUCACCUCCCACGUACAAUCUCCUUACUUGGAGGAGAGGCCCUGGGAAAUAACUGCAGCUAUACAGGCGUACCUCGUUUUUAUUGCGCUUCAUUUUAUUGUGCUUCGCAGAUACUGGUUUUUUUUUGGUUUUUUUUUUUUUUUUACAAAUUGAAGGUUUAUGGCAACCCUGCCUGCAUUGUCAGAUGAUGAUUAGCAUUUUUUAGCAAUAAAGUAUUUUUUAAUG